AUGAAAGAACAAGUUGACAUAAAAUUAAAUUUGAAUUAUUUAGAAACGGCCAUUGACCAAGAAAAAAUUAAGCAGGCCAUUUAUCGUAUAGAAAAUUGUCUUUGGAAUAAACAACGAGCUCUUUUUGUAUUGUCUUGUGAAGAAUAUAAAAUAAUGCAAUUAAUAAAAGAGAUAAAACGAGAAAUCACUUUAUUAUUAAGGUAUAAUGAUCAUUCACCUAAACAGGUUGCCACUACGAUAAAUUCAUUCCUGUCAGUUUUUCCUUCUAUAACAAUCAUAAUAGUUAGUGACACUGUUAUACCUAAAGAAAUUUAUCAUAUUGUUUCAAAUAAUAGUAAUAUAAUUAACAUUCCUUUAAAAUUGGAUUUAUUAAAUUUAAUAGUAGAUAGAAGUGUUGCUAAAUACAUUAAGACAAAGUAUGUAUUUAUAGCACCAAUAGGAACCAUUUCAAUUUUAGAGCAUGAAGCUUUGUUUUUAAUCAAAGUUUUGAAUAAAAAUGAAAAUACUUUAAUUGCUGUACCAACUCAUACAGAAGUCAUUAAAUGUUUGAAGUUAGAACUUAAUUUAUUACAAUGGAUAAUAUCGUAUAAAAUAAGCAAUAACAAAUCGGAAUGUAGUAGUAUUAAAGGACAACAUGGUUUACUACUGCAUACAAAAACUUUAUUUAAAAUCGGAGAACCUUUUCUUUUACCUUUUCCAGAAGCAUUUUAUAUUCAAACCACUUCUCUUAAUUUAAAAGUAAAUCUAAUUAGACAGAUAAAAUUAAAAUUCAAGAAAAAAAUAAAUGAAAACUCUGAGCAAUUGUACAAAAGUCAAAUCCAAAGGCAAAUUAUGUACAAGUUACUUAAGAUAAAAAAAGUACACAGAGAAGAUGGAACUAUUGAAUGGUUCGGAUGUACAAGGCAUACUCCCAGGUGUUUUCCAAGUAUUAUUAAUUCUAUCCCUGAAUACCUAAAUCAAGGAAGAUGGACUCCUCCAUGCUGCUUGAGAGUUUUAAGAGAAACUGUUCAUCAUGUAUUUAAAAUUUUAAAAAAUUGGAAUGUGACUUUUUGGUUAGAAGGCGGGAGUCUACUAGGAGCUAUGAGAACAAAGGAUAUAAUACCUUGGGAUUAUGAUGUUGAUAUUGGCAUAUACUUGAAAGAUAUUGAUAAAUGUCCUUGGCUUCACAUGGUGAAUUUAAAGACAGCAAAGCAAAUAACUCAGAAAAAUGAACAUGCAUCAGUAGUAGAUAAUGAGGAUUUUGUAUGGGAAAAAUCUAAUCCCGAAGAAGGAGAUUUUUACAGAGUUCAAGCAAGUGUACACAACCACUUGCAUGUAGAUAUCUUUCCAUUUUAUUCGAAAAAUGGAAUAAUGACAAAAAAAACCUGGUUUUCUGAUCAUCCUCAAGAUAUGGAAUUUCCAGAACAUUAUCUUAUACCAUUAACUACUAUAGAGUUUGCUGGAAUUGAAGUACCGGCUCCUAAUAAUAUUAAAGAAUUUUUAGAAUUAAAAUUUGGUAAAGGCUGCGUAGAAAAUCCCCAAUAUCCAAAUCCAAAAGUAUAUCCUUUUUCUGAUAAAGCUAAAUUAUUUAACAAUGAAACAAAAAUGUAUGGAGCACCAACAAUAACUUAA